AUGGCUGAAAAUUUUGAGAAAUGUGUUAAAUUUAUUAAUGGUUUACCUAAAAAUGAAAAUAUAUCCGUUGAAAACAAAUUAGAUUUAUACAAAUAUUUUAAACAGGGCACAGUAGGUAAUUGUAAUAUCUCUGCACCAAGUUUCUUUAAAUUUGAAGAAAAAAAAAAAUAUGAAGCAUGGAAAUCUGUAGAGAAUUUAAGUAAAGACGAAGCAAAAAAGAAAUAUAUAGAUAUUGUUACAUCGUUGUAUCCUGAAUGGAAUAAAGAAUAA